ACCAGAUCGACGAGCUCGACGAUGCCGCCAUUGCCCUUCUUCCCUCGACGAACACGAAGGUGAAUGGGCGGCCAAUGGCACGCAUAUCGCUCCUCAGAUUUCCGAACAAGCUGCGCCGGCGCGUACGGAGGAAUCGAAUGGCCACCCUGCUGGUCCUCCUCGCUCUGGUCGUCCUCCUGAUCGUCCCCUUCUAUAUCAUCUACAAACCCCCGGCGUGCCUCAUCAACUACUUCGCUCGACGAUGGCCCGAUGUCCUCUGGCAGGUCCCGACGGAUAAGAAGAUUAUAGGUCUGACGAUCGACGAUGCACCGUCCCAGCACACCUCCGAGAUCCUGAAAGUACUCAACGAGAACGAUGCCCACGCCACAUUCUUCCUUAUCGGCUCGCAGAUGAAUGGCCGCGAAGGAGAUAUGGAUGCCAUUAUCGAGUCCGGAAGCGAGCUGGGAAACCAUGCAAUGCAUGACGAAGCUUCGCGAUCCCUGCCCGAAGGGCAACUGGAGUCAGAGAUAUUUGAGGUCUACCGCAAGAUCAAGGUUGCCUACGAGUACCAGGACAAACCCAUGGUGGCCAACUACUUCCGCCCGGGCUCGGGCUUCUUUAAUGACAAGAUGCGGCGGCUGGUCGACAAGAUGGGAUACAGGAUGGUUCUGGGCAGCGUGUACCCUCACGACGCCCAGAUCAGCUCUUGGCGGAUGAACGCCAAUCACAUACUGAGCAUGGUCCGACCAGGUGCCAUAAUCAUUUGCCACGACAGGAGGAGCUGGACCGUCCCCAUGCUGCGGAAGGUGAUCCCAGAACUCAGACGACGCGGCUAUAGGAUCAUGAACUUGACAGAGCUGUUGAAGGAAGUCGACACAGACAGAUGAGUCAGUCCUCAGUCAACCAAUAGUUUAUCGUUCGUUACAUGAGCACAUUGGAACAUACCUCACAGCAUUUGCACUCCCCCCCCCCCCCCCCCC